AACAAGGAAGUGACCGUCCAGCAAGCAGACUGCUGUCAAGAUGGCACCGAGUGGGCUGAAGGCGGUGGUGGGAGAAAGUAAGUGACAUGUCGUCGUUAAUCAGUCAUUUAUUAGAAGUAAUUUAUUACAAAGGCACAGAAACAUUUUACUUAAUGUCACAUACCAUGUAGAAGCCCGGCAAUAUGACGGUCAACUUUUAACACAGACCAAUGACGACGGUUCACCUCAAGUUUCUUCCUGCUUUUAGUUGCAGGAGUCAAGACGAACCUAACCGGGGAAAAUACUGUUUAAGCGAAUUUAGUCACGGGUAAAAUUGUUGUGAAGACGUUUGUCAGUACGAGUGACUGCAUUUGCCAUGAAUUUUUCAACGCUAAGUACAUUUCUGGAUACAAAACAAGUAGCAGCGCUUGUGGUUGACAAUGUUGUGACGGUUGAAGAUACGGGCUAAGUUGAGGAAGCUAACGCAAGCGGAAGUUCGUGUCAGAAGCAUGUGAUAAACUGAGUUUUUCCGACUUUUAUAUAGAUUAACACAGUCACAUUACAUUCAUGAUUAUUAUUAUUUAUUUAUUUUUGUCCAAUAAAUACCCUUUUUACAGUAAACUACCAAUGAAGUGUAUCAUGUGACGCUUUAAUGACCCUCUAAAAAUAUAGCGAACUAAUAAUAUAAGUAAUACUUCCUUGGCCCAGGUAUUUGCCCUUUACCCAUAGAUUAGUAAGCUUUAAAUCCUCUUGGUUUCUGAGUAUUACUCUAUACUUUUUAGCUUCUAUGAUGUUGCCACUACCUGGGUCUGAAGUAUAUUUAUCAUAACAUGACAUUUUGACAUGUCUGAUGGGCCAAUGUAUCCGAUGAUAUUUGUACCUAAUAAUUUCCUGCCCUUUUUCCUCUCUGUCUAAAUCAGUAAUAAAUUUAAUCCAACAACAGAAAGAAAACUCUACACAACAGUCGUCUGUCAGAAAUGGCUUAAGGCAGUUUACAUCCAUAUAUUACAUUUGUUAUUUCUCUAUAAACAGAAUCUAAUAAUAGUAAUAAUAACUUAAUUUGUAUAGCACUUUUAAAAUACAGAUGUUUACAAAGUGCUUUGACAUGUAGUUGUAGAGCACAUGGAAAAAGACAAAUAAAAACAAAAAGCUCAGUUAAAACGGCAUUGAAGGCCAUUUUCAUGUCAUAAGGAACCCAGACAAUACAAGAGCCAUGCAACAUAGAAUGAGACCAUGAGGAGCAAAAUAAAACCAUAAAAUAGUUAAGACAAAAGGAAAAUGCAAUUAAAAGGGAGGGCAAAAGCGGAAACAGGAUAGUAAAUAUAAAAGGCAAUAUCAACAAUGAUAAUAAAAUAAUAAGAGGUAAUCCUGAUAAUGAUAGUAAUGAUAAAAUAGAGCAACAGAAAUGAGCAAGAGAUGAAACAAUAAAAGGCCUAAAAGGUUAAUUAAGAAAAGAGUACAAGUAUAACAAAAGCUGAAAAGACGUUAAAGAUGAAAUAAGAUGGAGGUAAAAGAGGUAAAAUCUCUUGUUGCAACUCAUAGCACAGUAUCUACAAACAUCAGUAACACGAGAUAAUGAGGCAGAAAUGUUUUUUCUCCUUAUAGAAAACUGCAGAAUCAUACCAUACCUAUUAUGAAACCCCCCCAGGCAGCCUUUCCUGUCUUAAUGUUUAUGUACUAUUAAAACUCUUUUUGCCAUUUGAGUCUUAAUGUGUAGAGCUUUACCUGUCUAUGACUGAAGGCAGCUACUUAUCAUGUCAGUUGGCUAGCGUAUUCAUGUGGUAAUGUACCUGAAAAAAUUAACUGAUGUGUCUCUUAUUUGGAUAAACAAGGGAGAUGAUAAACGACACGAAAGGGAUUUUGGUCUUCUCUAUUACCACAUUGUCCUUAUCACCGGAGGACACUGUUAAGUUGGUUAACCAUGAAGUAUAAAAAAAGCUCUAGCACUUUCUCAUACAGUAACUUUUACGGCUUGAAAUUGCCUUUAACGUCUUGGUACAUUUUUACUCUUUGUCCAGAGAGCGCCACAACCUCCAGUUUUGCAUUUUGUUUACCAGUAGAACCACACCUUAGUUGUUGCACCACAGCAGUCCUGAUGUUGCAACAACUGCCCAGGCUGGGUGAAACAGUGCUGCAUUUGUUUUUGAUUCAAAAACCUCCUGGUUCCAGAUUAAGAUCGAGAUACACAUCUGACCUCUUAAGGAAAUUGUAUUGCGUAAACACGUAUUUUAUUUUCUGUUAAAUCAUUGUUAAGUGAUUAAACAUUAGACUAUGAGGGAAAACCUCCCAAUUAAACCACACUAAGACACACAAGUUUUGACAUGCAUGAUAAAGCAACUGCCACUUCGUAACAUACUUGAAAAGGAGUCAAUAGAAUAGAUGGUAUGAAUUAUCAGUGUAAACAGAUGACUGAGAACUGUGCGGCUGUCACAGGGUUCUUAUUUACUAAUGUAGUGAUUUGUUUUCACAGUUUAUUCAAAGAGCUAUAAUUAUAAACUGCAUACAUGUAUCUCAGUUUCUAUUUCAACACUUGGUUCCUGUCGUACCAAUCCUUUUUGUGUGUAAAUAAAUGUCACCUUUAUUUCUUUUACAGAAAUCCUCAAUGGGGUUAUUAAGAGUGUCAAGAAGGAGGGAGAGUGGAAGGUAAUUUUUGAUCAGUAAAGAUGAAAAAAAAUCAUCAAAAAAACGGAAUAAUGACUUCAGUUUUCUGUUUCUUCAGGUUCUGAUUGUGGACCACAUGAGCAUGCGCAUUCUGUCCUCUUGCUGCAAGAUGUCUGACAUUUUGGCAGAAGGGGUGACCAGUAAGUGAUGAUUGUUGAUUUUGCAUCAGUUUUAUACACAACAGAUCAAAUGAAUUAAUCACUUUAUUUGUAAAGCACUUUUCAUACAUGGACUGUAUUACAAAGUACUUUACAUUAAAGAAUACAAGAAGGAGAGGAUCAGGGGAUACCAAAUAAAAUACAAGAUAAAAUACAAAUUGCAAAACCCCACCCACCCACCCUCUAAGCCCGCAUUUAACAGAGACCCCACCACCCACACACACACACAACCACUGGGACACCAAGUCAGGGCUCAGCAGGCAGCCCCAUUGGACCAAGAAAACGCUAUCUUAAACUAAAAUGGGGAAACACUGGAGCUGAAGCUAAACUGAUAAAACCAUGACAAGAUAUAGGAAACUCAUAAAAUGAUUUAAAAAAAAAAAUUAAAACGAAAUAAAAGAGUAAUAAUAAUAAAAUAUCAUAUAAUAAAACUGUUAUAAAUCAAACAAUAAAAGAAAGUAAACAAAUAGUGUUAAAACAUAUAAUAAUAAUAUAGACAAAAAUGUGAUAACAGUUAGUUAGCUGUAAUCAGAGACAUAUAUCUGUAGAAGAAAUUAACCAACAGCUAUCCAGAUAUUUGCUGUGAAAUAUCGCCACAUAAUGACCAAUCAGAAUAGAGUUCUUGUCACAGUCAUGUACUGAAUAACUUUAUUUGCUGUUGCAUGUUUCAUCAUAUAAAUGAUAUGGUUUGGAUUCAGUUUUGAAGUACCCCGUUUUCUGAUUUUUAGUUGUGGAGGACAUCAAUAAACGGCGGGAGCCCAUCUCAAGUUUGGAAGCCAUUUACUUGAUUUCGCCCAUUGAGAAGGUUAGUUGUUGCCCUUUCUUUAAAGCUCUCUCUGUAAUUUUAAAAUCAUCUGUAAUCAUUGUUAUAUUUAACUUGUCUGAUUUUUGUAUUUUGUCUUCAAUGAAAAGUCUGUCCGCGCUCUCAUCAGUGACUUCAAAGAUUCUGCCUUUACGUACAAAGCAGCACACAUCUUCUUCACUGACAGUAAGAUCUUCUGUGUUUGGCAUUAGACAGAGAGACAGACACUUAAACAUACAUUAAGUUAAGUUAAGAAAAAUGUUUGAAAUGUUUAAAUGAAGUUUUUUUCCCCCCAUAGCUUGUCCAGAUGGUCUCUUUACAGAGCUUGGGAGAUCGAGAGUUUCAAAGGCCAUCAAAACUUUGAAAGAGAUCAAUGUUGCUUUCCUGCCAUAUGAGUCUCAGGUACUCUUUAUAUCAUGACUUGUUUUUAACAGCUACAUUGUUUUAUCUAUGCUUUAGUAAUUUCUGAUUUUUUUGUGGUUCCAACAGCUCCUAAAAUAACUAUUUGGCUGUUGCAUAUAGAUGCCAGCAGCGAUUAAUGUAGUCUGUUUGGUCUGAGGAACUGUCUAUUGAGUUCAGAGGUUGAUAUAAGUAUAAGUAAAGUCUGUGAAACUUGUAACCUACAACUGUGCAGCAGUGUCAUAUUUACACCACUUUAACAGUUAAUGCAGUGUUAAACUAAGAAUGCCUCAAUCCCUUUCUCUCCUGCAGGUGUUCUCCUUAGAUGAUCCGACCUCCCUAUACUCGUUCUACAGUACUAAGCCAAAUGAGAAAAAGGACAAAAUGAUGGAAAAUCUGGCAGAGCAGAUCGCAACACUGUGUGAUACUCUGAAAGAGUACCCUGCAAUCAGAUACCGCAAGUAAGAAGCCUUGCAUCAACUAUUAUGAAAUUAGUUUUUCAGUAAGUUUACUGACUCAUUAUGUCUGUCUUUAAGGGGGUCAGAGGAGACCGCCAGACUAGCUGAAGAGGUGUACCAGCGCCUGACUGCUCAUAAAGCAGACAACCCAAGCAUGGGGGAGGUUAGUAACUACUGAGACCACCCCCACAAUAAUUUUCUCUUGCUCUACUCAUAAAACUCUUAGCUGGUGAGAAAUGCUGAUCUAAAUUCCUGCCCUGCUCUUUAAUGCUGAUCCAGCUUUUUUUGUAUUGCAAAAUAUGCUUUCCUUUUGGAAUUCUCCAACUCUUAGUGUUCACUCAUGUGAACCUGUCUGUGGUGUCUGGGUGUAAAUCAUAUUGAUGAUUUUUCUUAAGCCUUUUCUAGACCUUUCUCUUUUUUUCCUUCUUCUUUUGUUUCUUUCUCAGCUGAAAUUUCCUUCCUCCUGAGAUGGGUCUCAUCAGGCAUGUAUGACUGUUCUCUUUUGCCACCACAAAUCUACGCUAAAUCAUCUUGCUGUGCUGUCUAGGCAUUCUCUGUAAUUUUAUCGCAUUUUAGCUUGUAUGUUUAGUUAAAUGCUGCAUCAAACUGAGGUACUGAAGCAAUGUAAAAAAGAAUGUGUCCAAUAUAUGUACAUAAACAUACACAUUGAAGUUUUCAGUCUUUUUUUGACUCUUGUCUAGCCUCAAACUCUGUAUUUUUUGAAUGUUAAAAAAAUCAUUUGUAUAUUUGCUGUUAUAGUCAAUGGAUUGCUUCACCACCAUUAAUUUUUACUUCUUAUGAUUACUUUUUCAGGGUGCAGAUAAGGCACGAUCCCAGCUGCUGAUUGUUGACCGUGGGUUUGAUCCCAUCUCACCUAUUCUCCAUGAGCUGACCUUGCAGGCGAUGGCCUAUGACUUACUGGAUAUUAAACAGGACAUCUAUUCGUGAGUCGUUUGUUUAUUUUUUUAUACAUAUCAGAAGCUGCUCAUGUUCUUUUUAAGGCUGUUAAGCUGUUUGUGGAAUACUGUUGAUACUCAAAGUAUAAAGUUUUUUUGUAUCUCUUGAAAGUUAUCAGACAACUGGCAUUGGGAACUCAAAAGACAGAGAAGUGUUAUUGGACGAAGAUGACGAGCUCUGGAUUCAGCUUAGACAUAUGCACAUUGCAGAUGUCACCAAGUAAGUCCACCACAACUCAAGAAAGCGUAUUCGCCCUAUCUUUACAAGACUUAGUCACACUCUCAUUCUUUUUAACAAGUUGUGGACUUUGAUGGAAAACCUUUUCUUUAGGUUGCAGUAAGACGCUUUGCUUAGACACACUAUAAAAUGUAUUCCACCUGUCUAGCCUCUGAACUCCAAGGUUAAAUGAAAUGACUUUGCUCUCCCUCACAAGGUAACUUGUAUUAAAAAAAACACUUUUGCAGGAAAGUGACAGAGCUUCUCCGCACAUUUUGUGAGAGCAAGAGAAUGUGCACUGAUAAUGUGAGUAUUAUUUUCCAAUAUUGGUGUUCACAAUAUAGAAUUAAGACUUAUUUUUUUAAGUUGUGCAUACAAGAAAAAAUGUUUUGCAUUUUCAGGCCAACAUAAAAGAUCUCUCUCAGAUGUUGAAGAAGAUGCCACAGUAUCAGAAAGAGCUGAGCAUGGUAGGUGGGAAGAAGAGAAGCCAACAUUUUAAGAGAAUUAUUAUGCUACAGUACUUUUCCAAUUGUCAAGUGAACAUUUCUUUUACAAUCCCAGAUGAUGAAUAUACAGAUUAUGAUUACCACAGCGAAGGUUUUGUUUGAGAAUGUGUUAAGUAUUGCUACUGACUGUUAAAUGAGACAAAAAUCUCCCUUUGUCGUCUGAAGAGAAGAUAAUAAAACAUCCUCUUUAUGGUGCAUAGCUUUGAAACAAGUUUGUCAACAUUGUUUACAAAAUUUGUGACUUACUAAUCAUUUUUCAUUCAUUUUCAUAAACAGUACUCCACUCACUUGCACCUGGCAGAAGCUUGUAUGAAUAAGUUCAAGGCCUCACUUGACAAGCUUUGUGAAGUUGAACAGGUCAGUAUACUUUUUAAGUCAAUGUAAGAAAAGUACGUUUGGUGUUUGUAUCAACAUUUUAACACGUAUGCUUGGACGGGUUUAAAGUACGGCUGGGAUACAGUUCGUUUUAUCAGCCAUUGCAAUACAGUGUAAUAAUCAAAGCUUUUGUUGAACUGUACAUCUGUAGUUGGAGAUAAAAAUAGACACAUGAUCAUGGGCUCUUAAUCCCUGCAGAGAAAGCCGAUCACAGAUGACCAUUGGGCCAUUAACUUGACAUUCUUAGAAUUUGUCUGCUCAUGAGCUGUUGGCAAAACAAUCUGUCAGUCAGUAGUUUUAAUAACACAUGGGAUCAUCUAAAUUCUAACGCUGUGCUAGUCAUUUACAGCAAAUAUCUUAAAGAGACAUGUCUGAGAUGGACUUUGUUCCAUCAACACGCUAUGCGACCUCAGCGUGGUAGUGUUUUUAUUUAUAGCUUAGCCGGGGCACAAAAGCCAGUGGCUCAGUCUGGCUGUAUUUAAUGGAAGAUCUUAAUAGAAAUAUUGCGUAACAUGCUUGGGACCGGAUGUCAACUUUAGUAUGUCUACAGACAUGCCAAAGGAGCUGUUAUGUCAUUACUGAGUGUAAAAGCCUUUGAUAAUACGUAUGUCUGCUUCUUAGUAAUGUUGAAAUCCUUCCAUCAGCAUAACCCUGGGACAAAGCCACGGUCCAGACCAAAGCCAAGCUUCGCUUUGUGCCAGACAUGCUUUGUCUCACUGAAGGAUGUAUUCUGCCACAUGUAGUCCUGUAUCGGAUGUAGCGCAGGCACACAGGAAAUGAAAAGCUAUGCAUAGUUGAGGCUUUAUGAAAUGCAAGUGUUAAUGGGGCCUUUUUGUACGAGGGAAUCGCUCAACUGCACUAAUGGAUUGUCAGCAAGUCUGAAAGCAGCCUCUUUAAUCCAAUGGGCAUGUUUUGGCUCUAAGAUGGACAGUGUGAUCCAAACAGUAACAGCUCUCUGUCAGCUGUCAUUUGUUUAAGUGCUCUGCAUUGUUUGGGCAGCCCAAGACAAAUAUAUGUGUGUGAUGUUAUAAUCGAAAUGUUAAGUGUGCUCCAUGUGGUCUUUGAGCCAUCCUCAGCCUUCAGUUGUUGAUUAGCCCAAACAGGGCUUAGCCCAAAUAAAUAAUGAAGCUUAGCAAGAGAUUUUUUUUUUGCUGGAAAAGAGUGCCCGGGGCAGGAGAGAGAAAUCCUAAAUCUAAUUUGAAUUGCUUCAUUCAACAUUCAAUGGGGGUUUCACACAGGACCUGGCGAUGGGGACGAACGCAGAAGGGGAAACCCUGAAGGAUGCAAUGAAGAGCAUCGUUCCUGUGCUUCUCAACAGUGAUAUUGACGCAUAUGACAAAAUCCGCAUCAUACUGCUGUACACGUUCCACAAGAAGAAAGGUAUGCUGCGGCUUUAAUUGUAAAAUAUUGUAAAGUUUUUUCCCUACCAAAGAAGUUUGAAAAGCCACACUGUCAGGGCAGAGGGGUAAACUUGUGGAUAUGCAUGUGAUUAUUAGUUAGAUGGAUAAACACAACCACAUUUUUUGAUAUUAUGUGAAAAAAGUAUUGAGUAUCAUCAAGUGUUUGUCUGUGCAGGCAUUGGGGAGGAGAACCUUGCCAAGCUCAUUCAACAUGCAAACAUACAGUCGGACAGCAACAUCAUCUACAACCUGCAAAACCUGGGCUGCAACAUCUUAGCUGGGGUAAACUGCUUCGUUGCAGUUUGGUUGUCUGACUGAAAUGUUUCUCAAGAUCGACUGUCCACUUAUUAUUUGUUUCCUCUGCAUGUUAUGAAUUAGGGCCGCAAUUCUGGGAAAAACAUGCCAGAGCGAAAGGAGCGCACAGAGAGCACAUAUCAACUGUCUCGGUGGACGCCGGUCAUCAAGGACAUAAUGGAGGUAUUCAGUCUACGAUGAGUGUUCUGAGUGUUGGUAGCACACAUGCUGUUUCUGUUCUUUAUGCUAAUAUGGUUUUCUUGAUUCAGGAUGCAAUAGAGGACAAACUGGACAGAAAGCAGUGGCCAUUCAUCGCUGAUCCUGCUCCCAUCAACACUACUCAGACCGCAGUAAGGUGAGUGAACAGGAAAAAUAAAACAUCUACAAUAGCGGAUUGAUUAAGAAUAAGAAUAACUUUAUUUAUCUCCAAAGGGAAAUUCAGUAAAUAAAGGAAAACUACAAACAAAUAAAAUAAAUAAAUAAAUGAAAAUAACUCAAGUUAAAUUAAACUAAACUUUCAGAAAUAGUUAACAUGACACAGAGAAAUCUUAUGUCCUUUCAGUUUCAUUUCAUUUAACUGGUUCCUAUUUUUUUCCCAUUUAUAAUUUUUCCCCAUCUGUUGCUUGACCAGCUCCUUGAAACAUACCUUAACAUUUUAAGCUGAUAAUGACUGAUUGCAAAGUGAUUAACUCAGGUUUUAGGCCACCAUUUUGAUGAUGACAGUUACUUCAGGGUCAGUAAUAUCUGUAUGUAUAUAUUUAUUGAUCUUUUACAGCAGUGCACGUUUUGGACAGUGGCACAAAAACAAAUCCCCAGCAGAAUACCGCUCUGGUCCUCGGCUUAUCAUAUUUAUAAUUGGGGGUGUGUCCCACUCGGAAAUGCGCUCUGCCUAUGAAGUCACACGCGCCACUGUUGGGAAAUGGGAAGUAUUGAUCGGUAAGCAGUCACUUUGUUGGUAGACAUGUUAGGUGACCCAAAUUAUAUAAUUCCUGGAGAUUUGUCUUCAUUGUAAUUCUUCUACUUGACAGGGUCAUCUCACAUCCUGACUCCAACUAGCUUCCUAAAUGACCUGAAGAGCCUGGAUAAAGUCCCAAAUCCUGAUUGUUAGGUGUUAGACUUGCAAACUGGAAUAAGGGUAAAGUCUUUCAUUCAAGACGAUUGGUUGCUGAGGUAUCUCUGUCGUCUGAGGAGAAAAAUGAAGAGAAUUGUUAUGUUUAUAUUUAAUGUGGCCAUGGAAGGAAACAUUUGUGAUUCUUAUUUUAUUUUAGAUGUUCUUGUUAUUGUUUCUUGUGAACUGGGCUCCAUUUACUGCUGUGAUUCAAAUUAUGUAAAAAUAUUUAAUGAGAAGAUAUAAAUAUUUUGAUCAUGUGACAGUUUUCAUUCAGAAUGAUUUUAUGUCACCACAGGAUGUAUUAGAUUUGCCUAAUUUUCUGCUGUAAACUGGGUGAUUAUACACCUAUAAAUGUUGUAGUUUAAUGCAGAUGUACAGAAGUAAUUAGAAGUAUAUGUUGUAUAUGUAGUAAAUUAAAGAUAGGUCACCUUAUUUUUUUUCCUUGCCUUCAGGUACUUUUGCUUUUUUUCCUUCAAACAACAACUCUCACCUGCUGUCAUGUGAUCUUGCACACUUAAAAUCUAAUUUAAUGUAUUGCUGGAAACAAGUGGUGGGUGUGUGUUCCUUUGUUUUUAAAUAUGACUAAUAAAAGAAGUAUAGUAUUCACUUUAA